AUGCCACCUUUUUUCGAACCCGUCGAUCCAAACUUCACGCAAUACAUAGCACCAUGUGAUUGUGCCGACUGCGAACAGAGCUUUUACAACCUCGAAGAGCUCCACUGGUACCGCGGGCGAGUCUCUGAUGAAGACGCAAAACAGAUAAUCUCGCAAUACGUCUGCGAGGCAGACAAAGACAGGAGAUACCUUGCCCAGCACAUUGUGGCUUUUGGCAGCACGAUCAUCAAUCGAUGGAAGAAGAAGAGUCGACAGAAACGCGAGCAAUGCUUGCAAGAGGCGGCCCCAGACCUCUGCAAGGAGAAUUGGAUAUCCAUUCGCUACCACAUCAAAGAGUGGAUGUGUGAAUACAACCUACAUACCAAGAAGCCUUGUCGAAAGCCAGUUGUCAGAUCCCACUUGUUGCUAAACUGGCUCAGUGUAGAGGCGUUGGUGAACAAUCCACUGAUGCUGCUUGCUUUAUUACACUACCGAACCGCGUACUCGCCUGCAGACUGGGCAACAUGGGACGAUAGUCGGCUGGGUUUCAGCUGGCGUAUGGCAAAUUUCGAUGUCGAUUUCUCAACAAAGUGUGUCAUCAUGCAUGGAUUGCGGUACGGAGAGAUGGUUGACUGGCAUCCUGUACCGGCUCACAGAGGCGACAUUCUUGGCUUCCCUAAGGCGCGGCUUAUUUUAGAGGGUCAAGCUCAUCUGAUGCGCACACUUCGGAGCAUCGUUGAAAAUAUUUUGGAAGGCGUCGAUACGAGCAAACCAAUGUUUUCUGACAAGUGGACAAACAUGACUGGGGCGGGAUUCAGCCAUACGAAUGAAGUGGAACUGUGGACCGCAUACACAAACCCAGGUUUUUCUGCCCCUCCGUCUUUUUCCAUUGAAAAUAUGGUUGCAAUCGCUCAGACCAGAUUGGAGGCAGAGGCCGACCAUUUACGAUUUCUGCAAGCGAGCCCGGCUUAUAUGCGGCGCCACGUCAAAACUCUUAUGCAGGGAGAAUACUACAAGUCAAUGCGUUCGGUCCAAGUAGGAAUUUUGAUAACGGAAGAAAUAUUCUACAGUGUGAGGCUGUAUCUAGAAUGGGAAGGAGUAAAGCUCGAAUGCAAGAAUGUCAAGCAGAUCUACAACCGUAUGCGUGACAGCAUUCAUCGCGGACAAAUUCUGCCUCGUGCCUUUGACCGAGCAAUAGGUGCUCUAGAAGUACGAAUAAUCAACGCGGUGAAUAGUCAGGCAGAGCAUAUCUGCACAAUCAUGAGACAUAGCCCCGGAAUCUCUCGGUAUUUUGAGAACUCGUCCGAAAAGAAAAGCCCGGCCAAUCUUAAGGCUGCACAACCCGGCCUACCCCUGACAAAGCUAUUUGAACAGGAUCCAUUGGCGUGGUGCCUGUUUCAAAUGACAGGCAGGCCAGAUGACCGGAACGUUUUUGACCAUGCCAUGCUCCUCAAUUUUCUCGAAAGCCAUCUGGCCAAGAGCGACACCAGGGAGAGAGCGCGCGUGGACGAAGUUCUUUACAAGAGACUUUCUGAUCUGGCAGCUGCCCACCAGAUACUCUUUUCAGUACGCUUACAUAGACCACAGAACACCAUGAGAGAAGCAUGGGAGAUACUGGAAACUGAAGACCGACUUGCUUGGAAAAUUCUGAACAUCGGCACGUAUCACAAAGAGAUGGUGAGAGAGUUUGAUAAUUCGAAAAAGCUAGCAGAACUAAUUGUCUCCAACUUUUUGGAUGCCCCCGGCCCUGUUAGACAGAAGAACGAGGCUUGGUUGACACAGUCGCAGAAUGUCAGAAAAGCUCUGGAAUUGUUCUGGGAGGGGAUGAGGACUAGUUACAAAAAGCUCCUCAAAACAACAAGACUCAAUGAACAUGAAAUCUGGCAGUACAUGGAAGUUGUCUCGGUUAACUUGACUACAGAGUAUGCCGAGGAAGUUGAAGCUGAGAGGCAACGUAUGAUCGAACAGAUCCAGCGCGCUAGCAUGCCAGCGGCUAUCAAUGUACAGAAUGAAUGGCGCUCUACCGAUGCUCACGAAACGUCCAAGCCGGUCAAAGUCGAACCUAGAGCAAAAACAAAGUCCCGCCCGGCUGAACAGCCUUUGUCGAGUGUGGAAGAGGUUGAUCGUGAAGUAGCCACUCUAGACAUCCAGACCAAAGGCACACCCGUCAGCAAACGUGCUUUUGAAGUCUUAGGUCUGAUGUUUCCUACUACAGCCGAGGAAACUCAAAAGGGAGUACGAUGGGACUUGUUCGUCCACAUGAUGGUAGACAUGGGAUUUUUGGCUCGAGGCGGUGGUGGCUCGGCCGUUGUCUUUGAGAAAUUGGAUAUCUCAUCGAGCAACACUAGAAGCAAGAUUGUCUUUCACAAGCCGCAUCCAGACCCUAAGAUCGACCCGAUUAUUCUGCAGUCUAUGGGAAAGAGAAUGGCGAGGUGGUUUGGCUGGCAUAGCGGGCUUUUUGUUCUUAAGGAAAAAGUUUUGUGA